GUCAAAAAUUUUCUGCCGAGUGCAGACGUGUCUUUCAAUUUUCUGUGAAAUUUGGAAAAAAAAAUCCGUGAAAGUUGUGCAAAGUUUGAGAUUGUGUAGUGUUGUAAACGCUUUCGUCGGAAUUUCCCAUUGUCCCUCCCCGCUAGUGCGAGCACGAUGGGAGAUUCGCUGGAAGCGACCGUGGGCAGUAUGGGUAGCGAUCCGCCCCAGUCUGUGGGAGUGGUGGACACCGAAUCGGUCGCCAUCAUGGAUUACGAUGGCUUCACCAACUACAUUCGGAAAGCGGUCACUAUUCUGCUGCCGGAGGAGGACGUCGUUCCGGUGCCGCUGAACGCUGCCCUGGACGAUCCGUCCAAUCAGGAGUGCAUCCGGAAGUUUCUGAGCGAUCCGCAGACGCAGGCUCUGUACAUCCAGCGUUCUUGUUUUAAGGACGAUGAGAAUGAGCCGCCAACGGAAGGCGAAGAGGAGAAAGAUGCCGUGACGUAUUACAUUAGCAAUGAUGUGCAUUUCACUAAUCAGCGAAUGGCUUCGUUGGUGUGCAUCAAGCGUGGUUCGGUCAUCGAAGCGGACAAGUCCAUUCAUUCGCAGAUUCGGUUGAUUAACUUCUCCGAGGGUUCUCCGUACGAAACGCUGCAUUCGUUCAUCAGCAAGACCCUGGCGCCGUAUUUCAAGAGCUAUGUCAAAGAAUCCGGUCGGGCUGAUCGUGAUGGCGAUAAAAUGGCACCCUCGGUCGAAAAGAAGCUUACCGAGCUGGAAAUGGGCCUGUUGCAUCUGCAACAGAACAUCGACAUCCCGGAGGUUACCCUGAACAUCAACGGAACUGUGGCGCAGGUCGUGAAGAAAUGCGCCGACGAAGGCCGUAAGGCCAAGAUAACUGACUUUGGCGAUAAGGUCGAAGAUUCAACUUUUUUGAACCUUCUUCAGAAUGGAGUUAAUCGCUGGAUUAAAGAAAUUCAGAAGGUUACUAAGCUGGACCGUGAUCCGUCGUCGGGAACGGCACUGCAGGAGAUUUCAUUUUGGCUGAAUUUGGAGCGUGCCUUGCAUCGUAUCCAGGAGAAGCGUGAAUCACCUGAAGUUGCACUCACCCUGAACAUAUUGAAACAUGGCAAACGAUUCCACGCGACCGUUUCCUUCGAUACCGAUACCGGACUGAAGCAGACCCUUGCAAUGGUAGCCGAUUACAAUCCGCUGAUGAAGGACUUCCCGAUCAAUGAUUUGCUGUCGGCUACCGAGUUGGACAAGAUUCGUCAGGCCGUUCAAUCGAUCUUCAAUCAUCUGCGUAAGAUUCGUAGCACCAAGUACCCGAUUCAACGUUGUCUGCGGUUGAUUGAAGCCAUUUCCCGUGACCUUAGUCAACAGCUGUUGAAGGUGCUCGGCACUCGCCGGUUGAUGCACAUCCCAUUUGACGAGUUUGAACGUGUGAUGAAUCAGUGCUUCGAGGUGUUCAGCUGUUGGGACGAUGAGUACGACAAGCUGCAAGGGAUUCUGCGCGACAUUGUCAAGAAGAAGCGAGAUGAGCAUAUUAAAAUGGUGUGGCGUAUUGCUCCGGCCCACAAGAAGCUACAGCAACGUAUGGAACACAUGCGCAAGUUCCGCCGUCAGCAUGAGCAGCUACGUACCGUGAUUGUACGCGUUCUGCGCCCUGCUCGCCAGCCUGCUGGGAUGUCUGGAGGAGGUGACGCCGGAAGCGCGGAUGUCAAGCAGCCUUACAGCUUGGAUACGGCCGAUGCCAACGCAAUCGAAGAGGUCAAUUUGGCCUACGAGAAUGUGAAGGAGAUCGAAUGCUUGGACAUUUCCAAGGAAGGUUCCGAGGCGUGGGAUGCCGCCAUCAAGCGCUAUGAGGAAAGGAUCGAUCGUGUUGAGACGCGCAUCACGGCUCAUUUGCGUGAUCAGCUCGGCACGGCAAAGAAUGCCAACGAGAUGUUCCGCAUCUUUUCGCGCUUCAAUGCCCUGUUCGUGCGGCCGCACAUUCGCGGAGCCAUCCGGGAGUAUCAGACGCAGCUGAUUCAACGCGUCAAGGACGACAUCGAAGCUUUGCAUGAGAAGUUUAAGGUUCAAUAUCCACAGAGCAAGAGUUGCCGAUUGUCGGUCGUUCGCGAUCUUCCACCGGUUGCGGGUUCGAUCAUCUGGGCCCGUCAAAUCGACAACCAACUGACCAUGUAUUUGAAGCGUGUCGAGGACGUUCUCGGCAAAGGCUGGGAAUCGCACAUCGAUGGACAGAAGUUGAAAGCCGACGGAGACAGCUUCCGCGCGAAGCUGUCCACUGCGGAAGUGUUCCAGGAGUGGGCCCGCAAGGUACAGGAACGCAACACUGGAAUCACCGGACGAAUCUUCCUAAUUGAAUCCACUCGUUCCCGCACCGGCCGCGGCAACACUCUCCGCUUGAGAGUAAACUUCCUUCCGGAGAUCAUCACCCUGUACAAGGAAGUUCGCAAUCUCAAAAGCUUGGGCUUCCGCGUCCCGUUGGCUAUCGUCAACAAGGCUCAUCAGGCGAAUCAACUCUAUCCGUUUGCUAUAUCCCUGAUCGAAAGUGUUCGCACUUACGAACGCACCCUUGAGAAGCUAACAAAUAGGAGUUUAGCACAAAAUUCAGUAUUCAAGAUCGAGGAUCGUGCCAGCAUUAUCCCGCUGGUUGCCGGUUUGCGCAAGGAAGUCCUGGCCCUCAUCUCCGAGGGAAUCGCCCUGGUAUGGGAGAGCUACAAGCUGGAUCCGUACGUUCAGCGUUUGUCGGAGAAUGUGACCUCUUUCCAGGAGAAGGUCGAAGAUUUGCUUGUCGUUGAAGAACAGCUGGACGUCGAUGUUCGCUCGCUGGAAACUUGCCCGUACAGUGCCGCCACGUUUGCCGACAUUUUGUCCAAGAUUCAACACGCCGUUGAUGAUCUGUCGCUCAAGCAGUACUCCAACCUGCACGUUUGGGUCGCCCGUCUCGACGAAGAAGUUGAAAAGAAGUUGGCUGCUAGACUUCAGGCCGGUAUUCAAGCUUGGACUGAUGCUCUGACUGGCAACAAGAAGGAGGUGGAUCUAUCUAUGGACACAGACGCACCGGCGCAGCCGACUAUCAAGCCAGGCGGCGACCCACAGAUUCAGAAAGCGAUCCAUGAAAUCCGUAUCACCAAUCAGCAGAUGUAUCUCUAUCCAUCGAUUGAAGAAGCUCGCUUCCAAAUCAUGCAACAGCUGUUCGCAUGGGAAGCCAUUGUAACAUCCCAAACUCGUCUGCAGAGUUCUCGCUACCAAGUCGGAUUGGAUAAGCCGGUGUCGCAAACGUACAGGAAUCUGUUGACCAAACUUCCCGGCGGAUCAGACCCAUUGGAAGGAAGCUACGCUGCGAUAGAGAACCAGAUUUCCGAAGUUCGCAACUACGUCGACGAGUGGCUACGCUACCAGAGUUUGUGGGAUCUUCAAGCCGACACAUUGUACGGCCGCUUGGGUGAGGACAUCAACCUCUGGAUCAAGUGCUUGAAUGACAUCAAAAAGUCGCGUACGACCUUCGACACUUCCGAUACUCGCCGUGCUUACGGCCCGAUUGUCAUCGAUUAUGCUAAGGUGCAAGCUAAAGUCACACUGAAGUACGACUCCUGGCACAAGGAAGCUCUGAGCAAAUUCGGACAACUUUUGGGCAACGAAAUGUCCACUUUCCACGGUAAGGUAUCCAAGAGCCGUAGCGAUUUGGAGCAGCAAAGUAUCGAAGCUGCUAGCACAUCAGAUGCAGUGUGCUUCAUUACCUACGUACAGUCGCUGAAGAAAGAGAUGUUGGUUUGGGAUAAGCAAGUUGAGGUGUAUCGCGAAGCUCAGCGUAUCCUCGAACGUCAACGUUUCCAGUUCCCGAGCAAUUGGUUGCACGUAGACAACAUCGAGGGAGAGUGGUCUGCCUUCAACGAGAUUAUGAAACGUAAGGACUCUGCUAUCCAGACGCAGGUUGCCAGCUUGCAGGCAAAGAUCGUUGCCGAGGACAAGGCCGUUGAGUCGAGAACGUUGGACUUCUUGAACGACUGGGAAAAGAACAAACCAACUGGAGGACGUACUCGUCCAGAUGAUGCACUCCAGCAAUUGCACAUCUUCGAGACCAAAUUCUCGCGGUUGAAGGAAGAACGAGACAACGUUGCCAAAGCUAAGGAAGCUCUGGAAUUGCAAGAGUCUGCUAUUCCCAACAACAGCACCGAGCGCAUGAAUGUUGUACUGGAGGAACUUCAAGAUUUGAGAGGUGUUUGGAGCGAGCUGUCCAAGAUCUGGGCUCAAAUUGAUGAAACACGCGAGAAACCGUGGUUGUCGGUACAGCCUCGUAAGCUACGUCAAUCGCUGGAAGCGAUGAUGAACCAACUGAAGGAAUUGCCGGCUCGUUUGAGAAUGUACGAGAGCUACGAGUACGUGAAGAAACUAUUGCAAAGCUAUAUCAAGGUCAACAUGAUGAUUGUCGAAUUGAAGUCCGAUGCCUUGAAGGAACGUCACUGGAAACAGUUGACCAAACAGCUACGCGUCAGUUGGGUUCUCUCUGAUUUGACACUUGGACAGGUGUGGGAUGUGAAUUUGCUGAAGAACGAAUCCAUUGUGAAGGACAUCAUCCUGGUCGCCCAGGGAGAAAUGGCUCUUGAAGAGUUCUUGAAACAAGUUCGUGAGAGCUGGCAGAAUUACGAACUCGACCUGAUCAACUAUCAGAACAAAUGCAGGAUCAUUCGUGGAUGGGACGAUCUGUUUAACAAGGUGAAGGAGCAUAUCAACUCGGUGGCCGCUAUGAAGUUGUCUCCCUAUUACAAAGUCUUUGAGGAGGAAGCGCUAACUUGGGAGGAGAAGUUGAAUCGCAUCAACUCUUUGUUCGAUGUUUGGAUCGACGUUCAGCGUCGCUGGGUCUAUCUGGAAGGAAUCUUCUCCGGAAGCGCUGACAUCAAAACGUUGCUUCCAGUGGAAACUUCCCGUUUCCAGAGCAUCAGCUCCGAAUUCCUUGGACUGAUGAAGAAGGUGGCCAAGUCGCCAAAGGUCAUGGAUGUUUUGAACAUUCCUGCCGUGCAAAGAUCCUUGGAACGUUUGGCUGAUUUGCUUGGAAAGAUUCAGAAAGCAUUGGGAGAAUAUCUCGAACGCGAGAGAACCUCGUUCCCACGUUUCUACUUCGUCGGUGACGAAGAUCUGCUGGAAAUCAUCGGUAACAGCAAGAAUGUUGCUCGUUUGCAGAAACACUUCAAGAAGAUGUUCGCUGGAGUCGCCUCGAUUUUGCUAAAUGAAGACAACACGGUUAUCCUUGGAAUCGCCUCUCGUGAAGGUGAAGAAGUGAAGUUCAUCAAGCCAGUGUCGACGGUUGAGCAUCCGAAGAUCAACGAGUGGCUAACUCUUGUCGAGAAAGAGAUGCGCUUCACGCUGGCAUCUUAUCUAGCGCAAGCAGUUCAAGACAUCAAACAAUUCAAGGACGAGAUUGAUCCUCAAAAGUACAUGGAGUGGUGUGACAAAUACCAAGCCCAGAUUGUGGUAUUGGCUGCGCAGAUUUUGUGGUCUGAAGACGUGGAAGCAGCGCUGCAACAAGCUUCUGAUAGCCCUGGAAAUAAAUCUCCACUGAAUCGUGUUUUGGCUACCGUCGAAACAACAUUGAACGUUUUGGCCGAUUCGGUACUUCAGGAGCAGCCACAGCUUCGCCGCAAGAAACUCGAACAUCUCAUCAAUGAAUUUGUACACAAGCGUACCGUAACGCGACGUUUGAUUGCUCAUGGCGUGAAUAAUCCCAAAUCGUUCCACUGGCUGUGCGAGAUGCGUUUCUACUUCGAUCCUCGCCAAACGGAAGUGCUGCAACAAUUGACGAUUCACAUGGCCAACGCUCGCUUCUACUAUGGCUUCGAGUAUCUUGGCGUGCAGGAUCGCCUGGUUCAAACACCGUUGACGGAUCGUUGCUACCUGACCAUGACGCAAGCACUGGAAGCCCGACUCGGUGGAUCACCGUUCGGACCGGCCGGUACUGGCAAGACGGAAUCGGUGAAGGCUCUCGGUAAUCAGCUGGGUCGCUUCGUGCUCGUGUUUAACUGCGACGAAACGUUCGACUUCCAAGCUAUGGGCCGUAUUUUUGUCGGUUUGUGCCAGGUAGGCGCGUGGGGUUGCUUCGACGAGUUCAACCGUCUGGAGGAACGCAUGUUAUCUGCUGUUUCGCAACAAAUUCAAACCAUUCAGGAAGCCCUCAAAUCGCUGCAGGAAGGCUCGAUGAAGGAUUCCCAGAGCAUUACCGUCGAACUGGUCGGCAAACAAGUUCGUGUUUCCACCGAUAUGGCUAUUUUCAUCACUAUGAAUCCUGGUUAUGCUGGCCGUUCAAAUCUGCCGGAUAAUUUGAAGAAACUCUUCCGCUCACUUGCUAUGACCACUCCGGAUCGCCAGCUGAUUGCCGAAGUUAUGCUGUUCAGUCAAGGCUUCCGUACGGCUGAAAAACUCGCGUGCAAAAUUGUACCCUUCUUCAAGCUCUGCGACGAACAAUUGUCCAAUCAAUCACACUACGACUUCGGUCUUCGUGCAUUGAAAUCCGUUUUGGUGUCCGCCGGUAAUGUGAAGCGUGAUCGCAUCAUGAAGAUUAAGGAUACUAUGAAACAACGUGGUGAGGAAAAUAUUGACGAGGCCUCGAUCGCUGAAAAUCUACCGGAACAGGAGAUUCUUAUCCAAUCGGUUUGCGAAACCAUGGUACCCAAGCUGGUCGCUGAGGAUAUUCCACUGCUAUUCUCUCUGUUGAGCGAUGUAUUCCCGAACGUGGGCUACACCCGAGCUGAGAUGAAGGGUCUUAAGGACGAAAUCCGCAAGGUUUGCGCCGAAGAAUAUCUGGUAUGCGGAGAAGGCGAUGAACAGGGCGGCGCUUGGAUGGAGAAGGGAUUCGGUGAAACAUGGGUGGACAAAGUCCUACAACUGUAUCAAAUCUCCAACCUGAAUCACGGUCUAAUGAUGGUGGGUCCGUCAGGUUCCGGCAAGUCUACGGCAUGGCGAGUGCUACUCAAGGCACUGGAACGUUUCGAAGGAGUUGAAGGAGUGGCUCACGUCAUCGAUCCCAAAGCUAUCUCGAAAGAAACUCUGUACGGUGUGCUAGAUCCGAACACUCGCGAAUGGACCGACGGUCUAUUCACGCACAUCCUGCGUAAGAUCAUCGAUAACGUCCGUGGUGAAAUCAACAAACGUCAAUGGAUCAUCUUCGAUGGCGAUGUGGAUCCUGAAUGGGUCGAGAAUUUGAAUUCGGUUCUGGAUGACAACAAACUGCUGACGCUUCCGAAUGGUGAACGUUUAUCGCUUCCGCCGAACGUAAGAAUUAUGUUCGAAGUGCAGGACUUGAAGUAUGCCACCUUGGCCACAGUCUCCCGUUGCGGUAUGGUUUGGUUCUCGGAAGAUGUUCUGUCUACUGAGAUGAUAUUCGAGAACUACAUGUCUCGGUUGAAGAACAUUCCACUGGAAGACGGAGAAGAAGAGAGCUUCACAACUCAGUCCAAGGGCGUUGACAAGGACGAUGAGCUAACCCCAGCCCUGCAAACGCAACGUGAAAUCGCUUCCCUGCUUCAACCGUAUUUCACUUCCGACGGAUUGGUUGUUCGUUGCUUGGAUUACGCGAUGGGUCAAGAACACAUCAUGGACUUCACCAGGCUCCGUGCUUUGAGCUCGCUGUUCUCGAUGUUGAACCAAGGCGCAAGAAACGUAUUGAACUUCAACCAACAGCAUCCAGAUUUCCCGGUUCCUCCGGAGCAAUUGGAACAGUACAUUCCGAAGCUUUUGAUCUAUUCUUUGCUGUGGUCAUUUGCCGGUGAUGCAAAGUUGAAGGUUCGUUCGGAUUUGGGAGAUUUUGUUCGCAGCGUUACCACUGUCACUUUGCCAGCACAAUCCGGAAAUCCCAUCAUAGAUUUCGAAGUUACUCUGCAAGGAGAAUGGGCUCCAUGGUCUAACAAGGUUCCAGUCAUCGAAGUCGAAACGCAUAAGGUAGCGGCUCCAGAUGUAGUCGUCCCCACCUUGGACACUGUGCGUCAUGAAUCGCUUCUGUACACCUGGCUUGCCGAGCAUAAACCACUGGUACUGUGCGGUCCACCAGGUUCCGGUAAAACUAUGACACUUUUCUCGGCUCUUCGAGCUCUGCCGGAUAUGGAAGUGGUUGGUUUGAAUUUCUCAUCUGCUACCACUCCGGAACUGCUGCUGAAGACUUUCGAUCAUUAUUGCGAAUACCGGAAGACACCGAAUGGAGUUGUUCUGGCUCCGGUUCAGCUUGGAAAGUGGCUUGUCCUGUUCUGCGAUGAAAUCAAUUUGCCCGAUAUGGAUUCCUACGGUACGCAACGUGUAAUUUCCUUCCUCCGGCAGUUGGUUGAACACAAAGGAUUCUAUCGCGCAGCCGAUCAAUCAUGGGUCUCACUUGAACGCAUUCAAUUUGUCGGAGCUUGUAAUCCUCCGACCGAUCCGGGCCGUAAACCGCUGUCUCAUCGUUUCCUGCGUCAUGUUCCAAUCAUCUACGUAGAUUAUCCUGGAGAGACUUCACUGAAGCAAAUCUACGGUACGUUCAGCCGUGCUAUGUUACGUUUGAUGCCGAACCUGCGUGGUUACGCCGAACCACUCACCAACGCUAUGGUCGAGUUCUAUCUGGCAUCGCAGGAUCGCUUUACACAAGAUAUGCAGCCACAUUACGUCUACUCUCCGCGUGAAAUGACCCGUUGGGUACGUGGUAUUUGUGAAGCUAUUCGACCGCUGGACAACUUGCCUGUCGAAGGAUUGGUCCGUUUGUGGGCCCAUGAAGCUCUGAGAUUGUUCCAGGACCGUUUGGUGGAGGAAUCCGAACGUCGCUGGACGAAUGAAAACAUUGAUUUGGUCGCGAUGAAGCAUUUCCCCAGCGUGGAUCGCGAAAAGGCUUUGGAACGGCCGAUUUUGUACAGCAACUGGUUGUCGAAGGACUACAUGCCAGUCAAUCGUUCGGAACUACGAGACUACGUCAAAGCCCGUCUCAAGGUGUUCUACGAGGAAGAGCUGGACGUUCCGCUGGUGCUGUUCGACGAAGUGUUGGAACAUGUUCUGAGAAUCGAUCGUAUAUUCCGACAGCCACAAGGUCAUUUACUGUUGAUCGGUGUUUCCGGAGCGGGCAAAACGACCCUGUCACGUUUCGUUGCCUGGAUGAAUGGAUUGUCCAUCUUCCAGAUCAAGGUCCACAACAAAUACACCAGCGAGGACUUUGAUGAAGAUUUACGUUGCGUACUUCGUCGAGCCGGUUGCAAGGAUGAGAAGAUUGCAUUUAUUCUAGACGAAUCGAAUGUGUUGGAUUCUGGAUUCUUGGAACGUAUGAACACGCUGUUGGCUAACGGUGAAGUUCCUGGAUUGUUCGAGGGCGAUGAGUACACGACUCUGAUGACCCAAUGCAAGGAAGGAGCACAACGCGAAGGACUGAUGCUCGAUUCAAGUGACGAGUUGUACAAGUGGUUUACUCAGCAAGUUAUGCGUAAUUUGCAUGUGGUAUUCACCAUGAAUCCUUCAACCGAUGGUCUAAAGGAUCGUGCCGCAACAUCUCCGGCUUUGUUCAACCGUUGCGUACUGAACUGGUUCGGAGAUUGGUCCGACUCUGCAUUGUUCCAAGUCGGAAAGGAGUUCACCGUCCGUGUGGAUCUGGACAAACCGACUUGGAGUGCUCCAGACUUCUUCCCUGCGGCUUGCCCACUCAUCAACAACACACCAUCGCAUCGUGAUGCCGUUAUCAAUGCCUGCGUGUACGUCCAUCAAACGCUACACAAGGCAAAUGCCCGUUUGGCCAAACGCGGUGGCCGCACCAUGGCUAUUACACCCCGUCACUACUUGGACUUUAUCCAUCAUUUCGUUAAAUUGUACUCGGAGAAACGUAGCGAUCUGGAGGAGCAGCAAUUGCAUUUGAAUGUCGGUUUGAACAAAAUUGCUGAAACCGUGGAACAGGUUGAAGAAAUGCAAAAGUCGUUGGCUGUGAAAUCUCAAGAGCUGCAGGCCAAGAAUGAAGCUGCAAACGCUAAGCUCAAGCAAAUGUUCAAGGAUCAACAGGAGGCGGAAAAGAAAAAGGUCCAAUCGCAGGAGAUCCAGCAGCAACUGGUUGAACAAACCGUCAAAAUCGAGAUGAAACGUAAGGACGUCAUGGCAGAUUUGGACCUUGUAGAACCAGCAGUUAUCGACGCCCAAGCAGCGGUCAAAUCGAUCAAGAAACAGCAUCUCGUCGAAGUGCGUUCCAUGGCCAAUCCGCCGGCCGUCGUCAAGCUGGCCCUGGAGUCGAUCUGUUUGCUGCUAGGGGAGAACGCCUCCGACUGGAAGUCGAUCCGUGCCGUCAUCAUGCGGGAGAACUUUAUCAAUUCUAUUGUGUCUAAUUUCAGUACCGAAGACAUAACUGCCGUUCUCCGUAGCGACGAUGUGCGUGAAAAGAUGAAGUCCAGAUAUCUGAGCAAUCCGGACUAUAACUUCGAAAAGGUGAACCGCGCCUCGAUGGCUUGCGGUCCUAUGGUCAAGUGGGCUAUCGCUCAGGUCGAAUACGCCGACAUGUUGAAGCGCGUCGAGCCGCUGCGUGACGAAUUGAGCUCCCUGGAACGCCGGGCCGAUACCAACAUCAAGCACGGACAAGAAGUAAAGGAGUUGAUCGCCCAACUAGAACAGAGUAUCGCCUCCUACAAGGAGGAAUAUGCUCAGCUCAUCUCCCAAGCCCAGGCCAUCAAAACCGAUCUGGAGAACGUCCAGGCCAAGGUGGACCGUUCCAUCGCGCUGCUGAAAAGUUUGGUCAUCGAACGGGAACGCUGGGAAGCAACGAGCGAAACGUUCCGUUCGCAAAUGUCCACAAUCAUCGGAGAUGUUCUGCUGUCGGCUGCCUUCAUCGCAUACGGAGGAUACUUCGAUCAGCACUACCGUAGCAAUCUUUUCUCAACCUGGUGUCAGCAUCUGCAAGCGGCAAGCAUUCAAUUCCGAGCGGACAUCGCUCGAACCGAAUAUCUGUCCAACCCCGAUGAAAGACUUCGCUGGCAAGCCAAUGCUCUACCAACGGACGAUCUUUGUACUGAGAACGCGAUCAUGCUAAAACGGUUCAACCGAUACCCACUUAUUAUCGAUCCAUCUGGGCAAGCGACGGAAUUCAUUAUGAACGAAUUCAAAGAUAAGAAAAUCACCAAAACUAGUUUCUUGGACGACUCGUUCCGCAAGAACCUGGAAUCGGCCCUCCGUUUCGGUAAUCCAUUGCUGGUACAGGACGUUGAAAACUAUGAUCCAAUUUUGAAUCCAGUGCUCAAUCGGGAAUUGCGUCGUACUGGCGGACGUGUGCUGAUCACCCUGGGAGAUCAAGACAUUGAUUUGUCUCCAUCGUUCGUCAUCUUCUUGUCCACUCGUGACCCAACGGUGGAAUUCCCUCCAGAUAUUUGCUCGCGAGUUACGUUUGUCAACUUCACUGUUACCAGAAGUUCGUUGCAAUCGCAAUGUUUGAACCAGGUUCUGAAGGCCGAACGUCCGGAUAUCGAUGAAAAGCGAUCUGAUUUGCUGAAACUGCAAGGAGAGUUCCAUCUGAGAUUGCGUCAACUGGAAAAGAGCUUGCUGCAAGCCCUGAACGAUGCCAAGGGUAAGAUUUUGGACGACGAUUCGGUUAUCACCACUCUGGAAACACUGAAGAAAGAAGCAGCCGAUAUCGGCCAGAAGGUGGAAGAAACCGAUAAGGUCAUUGCCGAAAUUGAAACCGUGUCGCAGCAAUAUCUUUCGCUGUCACAGGCAUGCAGUAAUAUUUACUUCACCAUGGACAGUCUGAACCAGGUCCACUUCCUCUAUCAAUAUUCAUUGAAGAUGUUCUUGGAUAUCUUCAGCACUGUGCUUCAUAACAAUCCCAAACUGGAAGGCAAAACCGAUCACACUGGGCGGCUUUCUAUCAUCACCAACGAUCUGUAUCGCGUAUGCUAUGAUCGUGUCGCUCGUGGUAUGCUGCAUGCCGAUCGUCUCACGUUUGCUAUACUGCUCUGUCGUAUUCAUCUCAAAGGAACAACCGAAGCAAACCUCGACCAAGAGUUCAACUUCUUCCUUCGCAACAAGGAGGGUCUAUUCUCUUCGUCGAAUCACGUUGAUGGAGUGAGCGCGGAGCAACUGGAAUCGGUGACACGCUUAUCCAGUCGAUUACCCAUUUUCCGCAAAUUGCUAGAAAAGAUUCAAUCAAUGCCCGAACUGUCCGCAUGGUUACAGCAGGGAUCUCCUGAACAAAAUGUUCCAAAUCUUUGGGACGAAUCGAAGGCGUUGUCAGCCAUUUCUGGCGCUAUGCAUCAGCUCCUGUUAAUUCAAGCCUUCAGACCAGAUCGAGUUAUUGCCGCAGCUCACAUCUUUGUAUCCACUGUGCUCGGUGAAGAUUUCAUGCCUCAAGCUGAAAAGGAACUCGACUUUUCGACCUGCGUUGAGAAGGAACUCACCAGCAAUACUCCGGCUUUACUGUGCUCCGUCACGGGUUACGACGCUUCAUCUCGUGUCGAUGACCUGGCUGCUGAAUUGAAUAAGCAAAUCACCAGCAUUGCUAUCGGUUCCGCCGAAGGAUUCAAUCAAGCCGAAAGAGUCAUCAAUAUGGCGUGCAAAACUGGCCGUUGGGUACUUCUUAAGAACGUCCAUCUCGCCCCACAAUGGCUUGUUCAAUUGGAGAAGAAACUCCAUUCUUUACAACCACAUUCCGGAUUCCGACUGUUCCUCACCAUGGAAAUCAACCCCAAGGUUCCAGUCAAUUUGCUACGAGCUGGUCGUAUCUUCGUCUAUGAACCACCACCAGGCAUCCGUGCUAAUCUGCUACGCACAUUCUCCACGGUUCCGGCCAGCCGCAUGAUGAAGCAACCCAGCGAACGUGCUCGUCUCUACUUCCUGCUCUCGUGGUUCCAUGCUAUCGUUCAAGAACGCUUGCGCUACGCACCGCUCGGAUGGGCCAAAAAGUACGAGUUCAACGAAUCCGAUUUACGUGUUGCUUGCGAUACGUUGGAUACUUGGAUCGAUGCAACCGCUAUGGGUCGAACCAAUCUUCCGCCGGAGAAGGUUCCAUGGGAUGCUUUGGUUACUCUGCUCUCUCAAAGCAUCUACGGUGGUAAGAUCGAUAACGACUUUGAUCAGCGUCUGCUCUCAUCGUUCCUAUCCAAGCUGUUCACUGCUCACAGUUUUGAAGCUGAGUUUGCCUUGGUAGCCAAUGUGGACGGAGUAGCCGGUGGUCCCAAUGGCCAACGACACAUUACCAUGCCCGAUGGAACACGUCGUGACCACUUCCUGAAAUGGAUCGAAGCGUUGGCAGAUCGCCAAACUCCAUCCUGGCUGGGAUUGCCGAACAACGCUGAGAAAGUAUUGUUGACCACACGUGGAACAGAUUUGGUCAGCAAGUUGUUGAAAAUGCAGCAACUAGAGGACGAUGACGAACUAGCCUACAGUCAUGACGAAAGCCUAGACGCAGUUCAAACUCGUCAAGAAGAUGGGCGUCCCUCGUGGAUGAAGACCUUGCAUAAUAGCGCUUUAACUUGGCUGCAACUUUUGCCGAAACAAUUGGCCACUUUGAAACGAACAGUGGAGAACAUCAAGGACCCCUUGUACCGUUAUUUCGAGCGGGAAGUAUCGUGCGGAGCAAAACUUCUUCAAACCGUGGUUAGCGACCUGCAGGAUGUGGUCUACAUUUGCCAGGGUGAAAAGAAACAAACCAACUACCAUCGAACUAUGCUCAGCGAACUGGUUAGGGGUAUUCUUCCGGCUGGUUGGAGACGCUAUACCGUACCGGCAGGAUGCACUGUUAUCCAGUGGAUCACCGAUUUCAGCCACAGAGUAUUGCAGUUGCAGAAGGUGUCAUCUCUGGUUUCGCAAGCCGGCGCCAAGGAGCUACAGAGCUUCCCCGUAUGGUUGGGUGGGCUGUUCAAUCCGGAGGCAUACAUAACGGCCACUCGGCAAUGCGUUGCCCAAGCGAACAGUUGGUCACUAGAAGAGUUGGCCCUCAAUGUCACCAUUACCGAGAACGGUUCUGAUGGAAUUGAUAACCUCAAGGAUAGCAGCUUUGGCGUUUCAGGUUUGAAACUGCAAGGUGCGCAGUGCAAGAACAACCAACUUCUGCUGACUUCGGCCAUCAUGACCGAGUUGCCGCUGACAUUACUCAAGUGGACGCGCAUCGAUUCAGAUAGUGCUAGGGCUACCAAGCUAACCCUACCGGUUUAUUUGAAUUCUACUAGAACUGAGCUGCUCUUUACGGUUGAUAUGACUGUAGCUCCGGGACAGGAUCCGCACAGCUUCUACGAGCGUGGUGUUGCAGUGUUGGCUUCGACAGCUUUGAAUUAAUUUAGCAUGAAUUACGUGAUUCAAAUAAUCUCCAUUAUAAUAAUCGCAUAAUUAUAUAACGUACUCAAAAUAAUAUUUAUUCAAUGGUUGAUGGGUAAAUUUAUUGGGAAUUAUUACAACUCAAGCAUAGUCUGACAGAUAUCUGUCAGGCAUCCGCGCUAGCAUUCAUCUACAACAAUGUAGCUUAUCAAAAGAAAUAUAUUGAUCCUCGUAAAACAAA